CUUUAUCAAUCUGUUGUUUGGCAACAUGAUACACCAAAAAAUAGAUAUCCAACAACUGCCAGCAGAGAAUGAAACAGCACCCUUACUACUACAACAAAAUCAGACAACUCCUGUGGCGAAGACAAAACAAGAAGUUGCCGGCUUGAUUCUCAUAACGAUAUCGGCACUGGGCAUGUCGACGGCAGGAUUAUUUGCAAAAAUCGGUGCCGCCUCGUUUCCGUCGACAGAAAUUGUCUUUGUCCGUGCCAUUGUGCAAGCAAGCUCGGCCUUAGCGGGGUGUUUCUUACUAGGCAUCCAUCCGCUCGGCCCUUCCGAGGUACGAAAAUGGGUCUUAUUUCGAGGACUCAUAGGAGCAAUUGCUCUGGCAUUACACUAUUACUCGAUAACAAAGCUACCCCUCGCAGAUGCAACAGUGAUUAUCAACUUGCAUCCGAUGUUUACAGCUAUUCUUGCGGCCAUAUUGCUUGGAGAGCCUUUUGGAUGGUUUGAUCGUGUAUGUGCAGUUUUCUGCAUGGCUGGCGCAGUGUUUGUAACAAAACCAAGCUUUAUAUUCAGCAACAAUAUAAACAACUUUACACCGGAUGAAUAUGCUGAUACAAUCAUAUACAAAAACAAAGACAGCUUGUCGUCAUUGCUAUUUGUCGCUGGAGAUGGCGAUGAUAAUAGCAGCUCGCGUGCAACUGCAAUCCUGUCUUCAAUAACUGCCGCAGUAUUAUCGGCUGUUGCCUACAUCACCGUGCGCAAAAUAGGCAAACGUGCGCACUUUCUGAAUCACACAUUCUCAUUCGGAUUUAUUGCAGUAAUCGUAAGCAGUGUAAAUUUCGGCGACUUUGCCGCACCAACGGAAUUGAAAGAGUACACAGCACUCAUAUUAACCGGCGUCUGCGCAUUUGUUGGUCAAUGUCUCGUGAAUCAAGGAUUGCAGAUGGCACCAGCUGGUCCUGGCACAUUGAUGUGUAUGAAUGAAAUUGUUUUCGCGUACCUGUUUGGCCUCUUCAUCUUUCAAGAAUAUCCUGACUGGAUGAGCGUUGUUGGUGCCGUUAUUAUAAUGUCUGCAACAGCGGCACUUGGAUGGAGAAAAUCAACAGCUGCGGAACAACAUGAUCAACAAACACGAAUGGAAGAUCAAGCUGAACAGUGAAUUGUUUCGUUAAAUAGACAUGCUACUGUAGCCUUUUAUACCAUCCAGUGCAGCGCAAUUAAUGAAUUCCGAUACACUCAUAUCUGCUAAGAUAUCAUAAUCAAAUCCACCCCACUUUUGGCGCUACACUUUUGUACCUACCCGAUUUGGCAGUUGUAAGCAUCGCUACCAACGAAUGGUAUGAUAAUAAACUAUGUAGAUGGCUUCAUCAAUUAU